AUGUUGCCUAUGAUUAAGUUAGGCGGCUUGGUAGCUCGCACGUUAACAAAACCACUGGCGCGAGUUGUCAAGUCGCGAUCUAAGGCCCAUCCAUUGCUGAAUGCCACGUGCGAGCAUUUGGGCCAGCAGCAGCACCGAAUGAGUAUGAAGCUACACAUGGGUUUUCGAGGCAUCUCGAACUACACUAUCAAGCCACUGCCGGCGGAUCAAGCCGUAGAGCAUGGUGCAGACCUAAUAGGUGAACUGCUAAUAUUUUCAGUGGCCCUGGGAGUCGCUUCGCUCGAGUACUCGCGCUCAGCCGCCACCGCACGCUUAAAGGAGGCCAAACAGAAAGAGUUGCAGCUGCAAGAAGAGCGUGAGUUGGAGGCGCGUUUCGAGUAUUUAGAGUCGCAGGUAGUAUGGCUAGAAAAUUGCUUGAUGGCAAUUACGAAAAUAAUAGAGAACGAGAUUGGUACAAGGCUGGAAGUGCUUGUGACUGAAGACAAACGAUACAAGGAGAAAGAGAUUAUGAAGCUCAAGCCUUUGCGCGCGCACAGGCGAGAACAGCAAAAUCUUGACAUGCAUGUUGGUGUUGACAUUGACGACAAAGUAGCCGAAGGAGCCACAUCAUCGAUUGCAAAGGUUUGGGCUACUACAUACAAUGCAGUGUCUGGAUUGUUUAAGUAG